UUUAAUUUGCUAAAUAUUUGUGAUUGUAUACACACACAAAUUGCACCAACACGCUUUUAUUCUCACAAGUCACAGCGAGAGAGAGGAGAGAGAUUUGGCAAUGGCAGAGGAGUUUGAGUCAAAGGCGGAGUCAGGUGCAUCACUCACUUACCCACAGCAAGCUGGCACCGUUCGCAAGAAUGCUUUUCUCAACAUCAACAACAGGCCUUGCAAGGUUGUAGAGGUCUCCACCUCUAAAACUGGUAAGCAUGGACAUGCCAAGUGCCACUUUGUGGCCAUUGAUAUAUUCAGUGGCAAGAAGCUUGAUGAUAUUGUUCCUUCAUCCCACAACUGUGAUGUGCCUCAUGUUACUCGCACUGACUAUCAGCUACUUGACAUCACCGACGAUGAUUUUGUGAGUCUCCUGACAGAAAAUGGCAACACAAAAGAUGACUUGAAGCUCCCCACUGAUGACAAUCUGUGGAAACAGAUUAAGGAGGGAUAUGAACAGGGUAAAGACUUGCUGGUGACUGUCCUGUCAGCAAUGGGAGAGGAGCAAAUUGUGGCAGUCAAGGACAUGGGUGCUAAGUAGAUAUGAGUUGGCUACUCCUCUGGUGCUCAUAUGCUGUGGUUUCUUCAAAAUUAUCUAAUUAAGGCUGUUUAUGUGUUUUUACAAACUAUUUCUAUGUAGCUAUAUCAUGUGAAGAACCCCGGUUUGAGACAAUGUGUUUAAGGUUGUUUGUGUUUUUACAAAAUAUUUAAAGUAGCUGUAUCUGAAGAUCCCCCUGCUGUUGGAGGUGGUAUGUUUUAAUGUUUGGUUUAUAUAAGACGAUUUCUUUUCGGGAUUAAGUUUAUGGGUUUUAAUGUU